GCCCCCUCUUGUCUGCUGCAUGUCUGGAAAGCUAUGACGGGAAUGAAUGUGAAAACUUGGAAGUGUCACCUAACCCGUUGCUUCUGCCCUGAAGAUCAUCUUUUAGAAGUGGGAAGACUGCUCCACGUGGUGGUUGACUCCAAGGGACAGGAGGCAUUGUAGAAAGAGAUGGAUGAAAGCAGCUCCAGGGGCUUCCGACGCAUGCUCCCUGUGGUCUAGUCCAGGGCAGCCCUUCCGUGGGGCGCUGGCAUCUGGGAUGCCGCCAGUUCUGGACGCGGGGCUGACUCCGGAGUGAGGAUGGUCCGCCGGGGGCUGCUGGCGUGGCUCUCUCGGGUGGGGGUGUUGCUCGUGCUCCUCUGCUGUGCCGUCUCCGUCCUCUACAUGCUGGCCUGCACUCCAAAAGGUGACGAGGAGCGGCUGGGGCUGCCCCGGGCCAGCGGCCCCACAGGGAAGGGGGGGUCCCAGGCCGUCCUGCAGCACUGGGGGGAGCAGCACCGCAACUACAUCAGCAGCCUCAAGAGGCAGCUGGCGCAGCUCGAGGAGGAGCUGCAGCAGCGGAGCGAGCAGCUCAGGCAGGCGCGGUAUCACGCCAGCGAGGCCGCGGGCCUGGGCCCGGCCCCGGGGCCCCCCGAGAAGUCCCAGGCCGACCUGCUGGCCUUCCUGCGCUCGCAGGUGGACAAGGCGGAGGUGCACGCCGGCAUCAAGCUGGCCACCGAGUACGCCGCGGUGCCUUUCGACAGUUUCACGCUGCACAAGGUGUACCAGCUGGAGACGGGCCUGACCCGCCACCCUGAGGAGAAACCCGUGAGGAAGGACAAGCGGGACGAGCUGGUGGAAACCAUCGACUUGGCCUUGGAGACCCUGAACAGCCCUGCGGAGAGCAGCCCGAAUCAGCGUCCUUAUACGGCCUCGGAUUUCAUAGAAGGGAUCUACCGCACAGAAAGGGAUAAAGGCACUUUGUAUGAGCUAACGUUCAAAGGGGACCACAGGCACGAAUUCAGACGACUUGUCUUGUUUCGACCAUUUGGCCCUAUCAUGAAAGUAAAAAAAGAAAAACUCAACAUGGCCAACACGCUGAUCAACAUUAUCGUCCCCCUGGCGAGGAGGGUGGACAAGUUCCGGCAGUUCAUGCAGAAUUUCAGGGAGAUGUGCAUCCAACAGGAUGGGAGAAUUCAUCUCACUGUUGUUUACUUUGGGAAAGAAGAAAUGAAUGAGGUCAAAGGAAUACUUGAAAACACUUCCAAAGCCGCCAACUUCAGGAACUUCAGCUUCAUCGCGCUGAGCGGGGAGUUCUCUCGCGGCCGGGGGCUCGAUGUUGGCGCCCGCUUCUGGAAGGGCAGCAACGUCCUGCUCUUCUUCUGUGACGUCGACAUCUACUUCACCUCGGAAUUCCUCAACACGUGCAGGCUGAACGCGCAGCCAGGGAAGAAGGUAUUUUAUCCGGUCCUUUUCAGUCAGUACAAUCCUGCCAUAAUAUACGGCCACCAUGAUGCUGUCCCCCGCUUAGAGCAGCAGCUGGUCAUCAAGAAGGAAACUGGAUUUUGGAGAGACUUUGGGUUUGGGAUGACGUGCCAGUACCGGUCCGACUUCAUCAACAUCGGUGGCUUUGACUUGGACAUCAAGGGCUGGGGCGGCGAGGACGUGCACCUUUACCGCAAGUACCUGCACAGCAGCCUCAUCGUGGUGCGCACGCCUGUGCGGGGCCUCUUCCACCUCUGGCACGAGAAGCGCUGUGUGGACGAGCUGACCCCCGAGCAGUACAAGAUGUGCAUGCAGUCCAAGGCCAUGAACGAGGCCUCGCACGGGCAGCUGGGCAUGCUGGUCUUCAGACAUGAGAUAGAGGCCCACCUUCGCAAGCAGAAACAGAAGACGAGCAGCAAGAAAACCUGAACUCCCGGGACAGACUUGGGGAGAGGUUUUAUUUUUUUUCCUUUUGCAAUUACUGAACAAGUGGCUGCAACAAGGAAAAGAUUUCCAUAAAGGGCAAAAAAAAGAAUUAGACUGAUAGUAAAAGAGACAAGC